CUUAAUAUGUAUUUUGCAAGCCUGCAGUACACAUCUUCAAGCUUCGUCACGUCAAUAGCCAAUACCAUACCAUCCCUGACUUUCAUGAUUGCAGUCAUACUCAGGAUGGAGGCUCUAGAUGUAAGGAAUCCGCGUGGAAUAGCUAAACUCUUGGGAACAUUAAUAUCUCUGGCUGGGGUCAUCACCAUGACUUCGUACAAAGGACCUGCAAUACAAAGCUUCUCCAGAGCAUCACAACACAUAAGAAGUAAUUUUGUUCACAAAAGCUGGACAAAGGGUUCAAUCCUUGUGAUUGCAAGUUGUAUUACAUGGUCCAUAUGGUACAUAAUGCAGGGGAUCACAUUGAAGAAAUAUCCUGCACAACUGUCACUAACUACAUGGAUCAAUUGUAUCGGUGCAGCGCAAUCCGCUGUGUUCACAGUUAUCAUACAGCACAAACGGGCAGCAUGGAGAAUUACAUACAACAAUGAUUUCUGGUCCAUAAUAUAUGCUGGAGUUGUAUGCUCAGGUAUAACAAUCUUCAUUCAACUAUGGUGUACAAAACAAAAAGGACCUGUCUUUGUGACCAUGUUCAGUCCUCUUGCAACAGCAUUAGUGGCUAUUCUAGGUUACUUCAUUCUCGGCGAAAAGCUGCACAUUGGCAGAAUAGUGGGAGCGGUCAUUAUCAUUAUCGGUCUAUACUUAGUCUUAUGGGGCAAAGAUAGAGAUCAAAAUCAUUUCAAAUCCCAAGAGCAACCUACUGAUAACCAGAAGGAACCCAAGAUGCAAGUGGGAUCUUCAGCAGAAAGAUAGGUCCUCCAAAUGGACCUUGAGGAAAAAGAUAAAACCCAUGGUUGAAGAUUAUGCACCAUAUGACUCAGAAUAACAUUAAGAGGGAAACAAGGAAAUCAUCAAGUUGGCUGGGUCUGUGCCUUUAGUACUAUUGAUGUAUAUCCAUGACUUUACUAAAUAAGAAGUUGGUAGGUGAUAGUUAAUUGAAAUCUUUCACAUUCACUCCAUCCAGUCAUCUUGCAAUCCAGCAUUGAUCAUCGAAGUAGAUGUUUCU